CGCUAUUGUAUCCACGAUCGUCUCCUUCCUCUCGACUCUUCCCGGCGUCUCAGCUCUUCUUAUGAUACCACGAUGCAGGAUUCAAUGCCAGACUACCCUGAACAGGAUGAAACAGGUGGUGACGGACUUCCGACCUAUGAGGAUUUAGCUGCACAAAAGGGGCCGAAUUCAAGAUUCGGGAGGUGGAAAGGUUGGGUUGAGAAGCGAGCUGCAGAACGAUUCGCAGACAUAACGCCUGAAGAGCGGGCUCGACGGCGUGAAAGAGGGUGGGGCGAAGGGGUCUAUGAAGCCGAAGAGGCCACAGAAAGCAGGAAUGUACUGCGACCCGAACCGGUUGUGCACUUGCAGCCUCCAGCAUCCAUAUACUCACAAGAUUCACACUGGUCUGCACCCACCCUCCUCAUACCUAAUGCUAAACCACCGUCCUACUAUCCCUCUCGACCUCAACCGGAAACACCUGUUCCUGCCAGUGGAGAACCUCUGCUUCCAUCUCAUUUGAAAGUAUUUCAGUUCGGAUCAAGGUUCUUACCUCAUACGACAUAUCCUAUGAAUGCCUUACUUCCACUUUUGGGCGACCGUCUGUUACUCAUUGGACACGAUAAUGGAUUAUCUGUUCUUGACAUGUUUCCCAGCGGAGACCCAGAAACAUCCAGCCCAGCUGACGCACAAGUUCGGCAUAUCUGGGAAGGAGAAGGAGUGUACCAACUAGAACUACUUGAAUUUCAGGAUACCGGUGACCUUACACCGCACGGUGUCGUUCUAGCUCUUGUCGGUUCAGAAGUUGAAUCUCCCACAAAUUCAAAGGAGCGAGAUGUCAUUCGUUCCAUUCGCAUGUACAACUUAUCAAGUCUCACGAGUUUGGCUCGGUGGGCCACUACACAGAAAAAUACCAAGCCGCUUGAUCUGAGACGCCCAGCACAUUGGAAUCCUCAGCAAGCGACGCAGAAGAAGCACAAACACAACUCCAGCAUUAAUCUGAUCAAAUCUCUUAUUUCCGAUGGCCAGAACGACAGUGAACCGCAGUCCUCUUAUCCUUCUCGUGCCGGUAAACGCGCUAGCACAGCUCUGAAUAUGAAACGCCAAGAAUCUGCCUCAUCGGUGGAAUCCUCAUGGGACGUCAUUGAUGAGUUACCACUCCGAUGGGCAACGGACUUUGUACCUUUAGCAUCAGCUGGUUCACGUCUUUUAAAUUCUAAUGUUUUGUUCUUCGAGCUGUGGAGAGGCGAGUCCAACAAUGGUCGGGGACCCUCGUCACUCGCCAUAGCUACGAAGCAGAGUAUCCUGCUGUAUGAGACGCCGAAGGGUGAACGAGCAUUUCGAUUUGUCAAAGAAUUUUACGCGCCUUUGUGUCCACGAAAUUUAAGUUUCGUAUUCCAGCGUGCUUCGGAGACAAUUGUCUUAAGGAGCGUAUCUGCAUCUUCUCAGCAGUCUCAGAAAAGUGCAUAUAGCCCGGACAACGUAGACGGGUCUCGGCGAUUCUCAUCUGUCCGGCAGUCGCUUGAUUAUCCUCGAGAACGAAAUCCUCCUAGGUCUCCUUCUCCUUUACCCGACUAUGGCGCCCAGCUGUCACUUUUUGUUGUUUUCGACAAGAAGGCGGGACUUAUCCGACUUGCAGAUGCCGCUGUUGGCGAAGUAGAACUUAACGAUGAUAGUCCAAAGGACCUCUUUUCGCCCAUAGGCACUUCACCACGGCGUUCCUUCAUUCGCGAACACAAGGGGAUCUGGCUACCCCCUACUUUGGAGGAACUUCCUUUAGCGUCCUCGGAAGGUGUAAGCGUAAAGCCGGUAUACAUCUUAACAAGGGGAAAACAAACACAUGUAAUCCCUUCUCCAAUUCCAACGCCUCUAUCGAACUGCCCACCUCUAUACGCAGUAACAUGGCAACAAGCUCCAAGCCAAGUCUGCCACCGCAUCUGCUCACCUCUCGACGACCCCGCAUUCCUCCAAAUCAUCGGAUUCGGCGAAUACGGCAUCGAGGUACACGAAAUACCGCUAUCAGUCUUCUCCAAGGGUAAGAGCAAGGGCAAGGGUCGCGCCGAGGAGCCCGUCCACGCUCAAAUUGACAUCGGUGGCGACGUCGCAUUUCUCUUCCGCGGCGGUCAAUGGCACGAGCCGCGCCGUUUCCUUGCGCGUGCAGAUUCAUUCAUGUCAACCAGCACAGCCAGUACAGUACGUCCGGGUGGUCUAAGAAAGAGCGCCGAGGACGGGUUCUACGCAAGCUGUAGAAAGGGACUUGAGGAUUGGAGAGUAUUUUGGUUGGGCGGUGAGGAAAGGGACGAUUAUGGACCUUCGGACAUUUGAUGUUUCUCUCUCCGGUACGGACAUGGACAUAAAUACAUAUCACAUCCUGGAUUCACCGUGCUCGCCACACGUCUCCAUCUCCAUCUCCACUCAUAAUAAUAAGCUUUUGUUUGUUUACCCUUGAUAUGCACUUCAUAAUUUU